AUGUCCACCCCUGCGAAGCGGAGGCUGAUGAAAGACUUGAAAAGAGUAAGGAAAAGUCCGUGCAGGACAAUAUUUGCAGAGCCGCUGGAAGACGAUCUAAUGACAUGGGCAGCAGUGAUCUUUGGGCCGGACUCCACACCCUUUGAGGGAGGAACAUUUAGCUUGGUGCUGACAUUCCCGGAAACAUAUCCCCAGGAUCCUCCGGCUGUGAGGUUUGUCUCUGAGAUGUUCCAUCCAAACAUCUAUCCAAAUGGAGAGCUCUGUCUUGACAUCUUGAGCAACCGCUGGAAUCCAAGCUACGACGUGAUUGGAGUCCUCAUAUCAAUCCAGUCCCUGCUCAACGACCCAAACACCACAUCUCCAGCAAAUACAGAUGCAGCAAGCCUCUUCUCAACAGAUCCCCGUUCAUACGCAAGAAAGGUGAAGGACUCUGUAAUAAAGAGUUGGGUGGACGUCGAGAAUCUUAGGGACAAGUACACAGAUAACUAG